UCCAGAAACAGAAUUACCAGAAAUUAGCAUCUCUGCCUUGGUACCCAACAACUACAGUGACUAAAGAGCUAAGAAUAGCUGAACAGCAAAAGGCAGAGAAAGAAAACUGUGGGUCUCAAAUACCAUAAAGUAAAUCCUCAAAUGCUCAGAGAAAGGUAGUGUAGAUAAUUCAAAUCCUGUGAAUUCAAAUCCAAGUGAAAGGAACAUUUUCCUAGGUCUAUUUACAAACCCUCUCUUGAAGAUGCUUUUGUCCAGAAUGUUGUUUUCUGUAGAACUGCCACAAAAGAUGUAUAUAAAGCUGUUAAUAGGUCUCAAAAUCUAUGGAUUUUAUUCAGGGCAGGGACUCUCAACUGACAUCCUCUGGUGGAGAAGUAGACAGCAUGUGCAAGUACUUUAGUGCAGUGCAAGCCUGGGUCAAUAAAAAUCUGGAAUGUAUCCCUCCCUCUAGGCUUUCUCCAUUCAGAGAACAUCUGUCCCAUUUCCUUUGUUCCCAAAGUCUUCUUUAGAUUUGUCCACAAGUCCAUUCCUGCUUAAGCUUCUUACUGUUAGUGCUACAGAUGGGAACAUUUUGUAUUUGUCUACACAAAGGAGCAAGGUACAGCCUCACUCCUAUUUACACCAACAGGUUACUCAGUCAUAGUUCAUUUCAAGUUCAUUUUGCUCACUCGAUGACCAUGCAUUCUACAAAGUUAUGAUCCUAAUAACUAAAUCAGCACAUAUUUAUCUGUAAAUAUGGCCUAUAGUGAUGUAACUAGGGAAUAUACAGAGACCCUAAAGCCCAUUCAGUCCAUUCAUAUAGGUAUUAGAAUGUAGCAAAGGCAUUACUCGUGCUUGAGUCCGAGACCUAGUAUUUCAUGUGUGCUAUUUCUUCUAACUUGUGUAGUCUAAAUAGAAAAGUUAAUUUUAAAAAUUCCUAAAGACCUGUCCCAUAUGGAUGCAAUCUACAUCUUUUAUUGGCCUUUACAACUAUGAUUUAUGGACAUGAGUGUGAGCAACUUGAACAACCAGUUCUCCAGUGGGACAGCAAAGCUAGCAGUAAAGGGGUAAUGAUCUAGAAGUAAGAGAAGUUGCCAGGUGAGAAACUCAGAAUUUAACAGCUUUAUCACGUUGUGCUAGAAAGCUGCAGUGAAGGAAAAUACUUCAUAAAGUUUAACUUUACGUUUGAGUGCCUUUGUGCAAGGUGAAGGUACUGAGAUAAAAGUCCUACUUUUGAUGCUCUAGAUAGACUCUAAGGAGUGUUAACUGCAGCACUGAGGUGCAGCAACCGAAGAGGAGUAUACUUCAACUAACAUUUAAACAGCACCUCAAUGUGCAAAGCACCAUAAGAACUCUAAUUCACGUUCUGGAUUUAAAAAAUAAGUGCAUUUUCAAAGGAGAGCCUGAAGGGCUGAACAUGGGGAAAUCAAGAUACAGCAGUAAAGCAGAAUGCAGAGGUUAGAUAACUACAGCGCAUUCUUAGUGUCUGGGUGAUUACAGGAAACUGCACUGCGUCUUUGCAAAUGUGGGCCGCUCCAGCAACAAGCUUGACAGAGAUUGGGACUGCGAUACCUUCUAUAAUUCAAGAGAGUUAUUCUUCUGCACCACUGACAGAAGAACCUGAGGAGGAAGCAUCAACGCCAAAAUUAAUUGAUGGAUCUUCUGCACAAGGGUCUGGGGUUCUUGUGCCCCAAACUCAAGAUGGCCUUCCCACGUGCCUGUUGUGUACAUGCCUAGGAACAACAGUCUACUGUGAUGACCACGAGCUGGAUGCUGUUCCACCACUGCCUAAGAAAACCACGUAUUUCUACUCACGCUACAACCGAAUCAGGAAGAUAAACAAAAACGACUUUGCUAACUUAAAUAACUUAAAAAGGAUUGAUUUGACUGCAAAUCUAAUAUCAGAGAUCCAUGAAGAUGCCUUCCGGAGACUGCCCCAACUUCAGGAACUUGUGCUCCGUGACAACAGGAUAAGGCAACUUCCUGAGCUGCCAUCUACCUUGACUUUCAUUGAUAUUAGCAAAAACAGGCUUGGUCGCAAGGGAAUCCGUAAUGAGGCAUUUAAAGAUCUGCAUGAAUUACAGCAUCUUUACAUCACUGACAAUAACUUGGAUCACGUUCCAUUGCCACUCCCUGAAAGCCUCCAAGCUCUUCAUCUUCAGAACAACAACAUUCAAGAGAUGCACGAAGAUACUUUCUGCAAAACGAGAGAUUUCACUUAUGUACGCAGGGCUCUUGAGGACAUCAGACUGGAUGGUAAUCCAAUCAACUUGAGCAAAACCCCUUAUGCAUAUAUGUGUCUACCCCGUUUGCCAGUUGGUAACCUCAUCUAAGCUAUGACAGAAGCCAGUACUGUCACAUAUUAUGAGAAUUCUUAAGAAAGAUUAUUAACUCCUUACUACAGUACACAAGAUACAUGUUUUUCAAAUCUUGUUAAUUUGGGAAAUAUUUCCAUUAACAAUGAAACUGAUAAUGAGGUACAGAUAAUGAGAUGGAAUGCUAUAAGACAAGUUAAUUAUCUAAACAGCUGUAAGUUGUGAAGCAAUAUUGAGAAAAAUGUUUUACUUACAAAAGUAGUACUGAAGGCAAUAGAAGAUCAAUGUAAAUGCAAAUUUUUUUCCUUAAUCAAUGUAUCAUUUCUAAAUUUAAAUAAUUUUAUAUGUUGAAAUUGUAACAUAGGUGGAAAAGUAUUAAAAAGAAAAUAUAUGUACACAAUUGAAUAUUUAUCCCUUUUGAUUGAAUAUUUUCCCUCUCAGAGACACUCACAUUUGUCAAUUAUUCUUCUGAAACAUAUCUUCACUUUAAAAGAGCACAAACAGUAUUC